UGGAGGUGUCAGGUUUGCAGAUCUCAACAGAGAGCAAGCUUUCAAAUUCCAAGAAGAUAUUAUUCGUACAAUGAUGGUUGUAGAAGAAACAUUUCAUCGACUGGCUGCUGGGCGAAAACAAGAUACACUUCUGAUUUGUGAUAGAGGUGUCAUGGAUGGCUCAGCUUACUUGCCUAAAGAGGACUGGUCAAAAAUGAAGGAAUUGAACCAGUGGAAUGAUGUGGAUCUGCGAGACAAUCGAUACAACCAUGCUUUCUACUCUGUGGCUGACCACAAAACUCGGUCUGAAGAUUUGGAAGGGGCAAAACUUCUGGAUUCAAUAACAGCCAAUGCAUGGGUUGGACAUCCUUACUAUGAUGUUAUUGACAACUCUACAGACUUUGAGACAAAGAUUUCUAGGAUGAUUGCUGCCGUGUGUCAGAGAGUUGAUGUGCAUUUGUUAGCCCCUGAUCUGGUCAUGACUUUGGUGUUGUGUAUCUGCUUGUGGCUCACUUUGUCUUCUCAUGCUUUCCCACACUAUCAGGAGUUCCAUGUGGUGCACGACUAUCUGGUGACACCCAGCAGGAAGAUGCAAGCAAGGCUGCGGAAGCGAGGCCAG